CACUGUAGUCUGUAGAGUUUCACAGAGAGCAGCUGCACAAAGAAAGUGUAGCUACAAAACACAACUUCAUCUUUUCAAGCUACAGUGUAGCUUUCGGCAUUUGAAGAUCAGGCAAAGUCCCUACGCAACCCAUUGCAGAGGACCGCCUGUGAUGCAGCAGCGUGUAUGAGAACUGUGUAGGCCUGUUCUCUGACUUUCAUUUGACUACAUUCACAAAAAAAAAAAAAAAAAAAAACACAACCCAAAAACACCAUGGUGAAUGUAACAGAAGACGGCUGCAUCAUCCCCUCAGUGGAGUACCAGUACUACCUUUUCCCAGCGGUCUACAUUCUGGCUUUAGUUAUAGGUCUACCUGGAAAUCUGGUCGCCCUCUUCGUCUUCGCCUUCAAGAUCACUCCUCGCACGGCCUUCAGUGUGUACAUCAGUAACCUGGCUCUGGCAGACAUCGUCAUACUCUGCACUCUACCCUUCAGGAUCCACUACCACCUUAACAGAAACGACUGGGUGUUUGGGGAUGUCACCUGCCGUAUCACGGGGGUCCUGUUCUUCGCCAACAUCUACAUGAGCAUCUGUUUCAUGACUUGUAUCUGCGUGGAUCGCUACAUGGCCACUGUACAUCCACACUCCUAUCUGAGGAUGCGCAGCCCAUGGUGCUCUUUGGUUGUGAGUGCGGUGCUCUGGUGUGUCGCCGCAGUGGCUAUACUGGUCUUCAUCCUCAUGGGACCUCUGGAAACCAAUGCAGAUCAAUCUGGAAGCCACAGCUGUUUUGAGAACUUUGCCAAGAACGAGUGGAACACGCGUUUGGUGGCGUACAGCAUGCUGAGCCUGAUCUUCUGCUCUCUGCUGCCCUCCAUCAUCAUCCUGGUGUGUUACCCGCUGGCUGCACGGCGCAUUUCCAUGAUCAAGACUAAGACAGCCCAAAGAGCCGUGAGGGUCAUUUACACCAUCCUGGCUAUCACGCUGCUCUGCUUCCUGCCCAACCAUGUGGUGUACCUGCUGCACCUCCUUCGGCGCAUAGACGUCAUCAAGAGCUGCUCCGCUGCCAACGCCAUCUACAACGCCAGGCGGGUCACCAUGGCCCUCGUCACCCUCAACACAUGCCUGGACCCAGUGCUUUACUACGUUACCACCAGCCACUGCAAAUGGGAUCGCUUAAAGAUGACAUGGCUGUGUGGGCAAAUCAGGAGGAGCAGGGGUGUUUAUACCAUUGCCAUGAGCUAAGUGAACUUAAAGGGGUAGAAGUAAAUGCUUACUGCAAAUAUAACUCUGUAUAUG